AUGGGUGUUGGCCGGAGGAAGCUGGCCCCACUCUGGGGCCUGGUUCUCGUCCUGGCCUAUGCCCAGCACACAGACCAGACCCAGGAUGGCUCCUCCACAUCCAGCUACGAGUACCACCGCAACCCCUCUCUCAGCACCCUGCGGCCUGGUGGUGACACCCUCCACGGGGUGACUGUCUUCCCGCCCCUGAGGACCACUCCCGUGGUACGAGCCCUGAACUCCACGCACAACGGACGGGUGUGCAGCACCUGGGGCGACUUCCACUACAAGACCUUUGACGGGGACGUCUUCCGCUUCCCCGGCCUCUGCAACUACGUGUUCUCUGCACACUGCGGCGCCGCCUACGAGGACUUCAACAUCCAGCUGCGCCGCAGCCUGGCGUCCAAUGCCACCACACCAAGCAGGGUGACCAUGAAGCUGGAUGGCAUGGUGGUCGAGCUGACCAAGAGCUCCGUCCUGGUCAAUGGCCACCUGAUCCAGCUGCCCUUCAGCCAGUCCGGCGUCUUCAUCGAGCGGAGCAGCAGCUACCUGAAGGUGGUGGCCAGGCUGGGCCUGGUCUUCAUGUGGAACCAGGACGACAGCCUCUUGCUGGAGCUGGACUCCAAAUACGCCAACAAGACCUGUGGGCUCUGCGGAGACUUCAAUGGUGUCCCCGUGCUCAAUGAGUUCCUCUCCCACAACACCAGGCUGACUCCCAUCGAGUUUGGGAACCUGCAGAAGAUGGACGGCCCCACGGAGCAGUGUCAGGACCCCGUCCCUGAGCCCCUGAAGAACUGCUCAACCAGCUUUGACAUCUGCAAGGAGCUCCUGAGCAGCCGGUCGUUCUCGGGCUGCACAGACUUGGUGAACGUCAGCAGCUACCUCGAGGCCUGCCGGCAGGACUUCUGCUUCUGCGAGCGCGACGGCCUUACUGGCUGCGUCUGCGACACGCUGGCUGAGUACUCCCGGCAGUGCGCCCACGCCGGGGGGCUGCCCCAGGACUGGAGGAGCCCCGACCUCUGCCCCCAGACGUGCCCCCACAACAUGCGAUACCACGAGUGCCGCUCGCCCUGCACCGACACCUGCUCCAACCGGGAGCACUCCCAGGCCUGCGAGGACCACUGCGUGGCAGGCUGCUUCUGCCCGGAGGGGACGGUGCUCGACGACAUCAGCCAGGCUGGCUGCAUCCAUGCGUCCCAGUGCUCCUGCACAUACAACGGGGCCACCUACGCUCCGGGGGAUGUCUACUCCACAGACUGCACCAACUGCACCUGCUCUGGAGGCCAGUGGAGUUGUGAGGAGGUCCCAUGCCCAGGCACGUGCUCGGUGCUGGGCGGUGCCCACUUCUCCACCUUCGAUGAGAAGAAGUACACGGUGCAUGGGGACUGCAGCUACGUGCUGACCAAGUCCUGUAACAGCAGCGCCUUCACCGUGCUGGCCGAGCUGCGCAGGUGUGGGCUGACAGACAACGAGAACUGCCUCAAGAGCCUGACUCUGAGCCUGGACGGGGGGCACACGGUCAUCGUGGUCAAGGCCAGUGGGGAGGUGUUUGUGAACCAGAUCUACACCCAGCUGCCUGUCUCUGCAGCCAACGUCACCCUCUUCAGGCCCUCAACCUUUUUCAUUAUCGCCCAGACCACCCUGGGCCUGCAGCUGGACAUCCAGCUGGUCCCCACCAUGCAGGUGUUUGUGAGGCUGAUGCCUGAGCUCCGGGGUCUGACCUGUGGUCUCUGCGGGAACUUCAACAGCAUCCAGGCCGACGACCUCCGCACCAUCAGCGGGGUGGUGGAGGGCACGGCCGCCGCCUUCGCCAACACCUGGAAGACCCAAGCCUCCUGCCCCAAUGUCAAGAGCAGCUUCGAGGACCCCUGCUCCCUGAGCGUGGAGAACGAGAAGUAUGCCCAGCACUGGUGUUCACGACUGACCGACACCGACGGCCCCUUCACCCGGUGCCACACCGCCGUGGACCCAGCCACCUACUACUCGAACUGCAUGUUCGACACGUGCAACUGUGAGAAGAGCGAAGACUGUCUGUGCGCAGCCCUGUCCUCCUACGUGCACGCCUGCGCCGCCAAGGGCGUCCUGCUCAGCGGCUGGAGGGACGGCGUCUGCACAAAGUCAGUGACCACCUGCCCCAAGUCCAUGACCUACCACUACCAUGUCAACACCUGCCAGCCCACCUGCCGCGCCUUGAGCGAAGAGGACGUCACCUGCCAGGUCAGCUUCGUCUCCGUGGAUGGCUGCACCUGCCCCAGAGGCACCUUCCUGGAUGAUGCUGGCAAGUGUGUGUCGGCCACCAGCUGUCCCUGCUACUACAGGGGCUCCGUGGUCCCCAACGGGGAGUCGGUGCAUGACAGCGGAGCCGUCUGCACCUGCACACAGAGCAAGCUGACCUGCGUUGGAGGCCCUCUCCCCUCCCCAGAAUGUGCCGCACCCAUGGUUUAUUUUGACUGCCGCAACGCCACAUCCGGGGACACUGGGGCUGGCUGUCAGAAGAGCUGCCACACCCUGGACAUGGCCUGUUACAGUUCCCAGUGUGUGUCCGGCUGCAUCUGCCCCGAGGGGCUAGUGGCAGAUGAUAAUGGCAGCUGCAUCGCGGCAGAGGCCUGCCCCUGCGUGCACAACGAGGCCAGCUACCAGGCUGGCCAGAGCAUCCGCGUGGGCUGCAACACAUGCACCUGUGAGAACAGGAUGUGGCAGUGCACGGAGGAGCCCUGCCUGGCCACCUGCGCUGUGUAUGGGGACGGCCACUACCUCACCUUUGAUGGGCAGAGCUACAGCUUUGACGGGGACUGCGAGUACACGCUGGUGCAGGACCACUGUGGCAAGAACAGCAGCGUCAAGUAUGCCUUCCGCGUAGUCACUGAAAAUGUCCCCUGUGGCACCACAGGAACCACCUGCUCCAAGGCCAUCAAGAUCUUCCUGGGGAGCACGGAGCUGAAGCUGAGUGACGGGAAGGUGGAGGUGAUCAAGCAGGGCUCGGGGCAGGAGGUGCCCUACUCCAUCCGUCACAUGGGCAUCUACCUGGUGGUGGACACCGAGGCCGGCCUGGUGCUGCUGUGGGACAGGAGGACCAGCAUCUUCAUUAGACUCAGCCCUGAACUCAAGGGCAAGGUCUGCGGCCUGUGCGGAAACUUCGACGGCAACGCCGUCAACGACUUCACCACGCGGAGCCAGUCCGUGGUGGGCAACGCGCUGGAGUUCGGAAACAGCUGGAAGCUCUCCCCGUCCUGCCCGGACGCCCAGGCGUCCAAGGACCCCUGCACCGCCAACCCUUACCGCAAGUCCUGGGCCCAGAAGCAGUGCAGCAUCAUCAACAGCCCCGUCUUCGCCACCUGCCACGACCACGUGGAGCCCACCAAAUACCAUGAGGCUUGCGUGAGCGACUCCUGCGCCUGUGACACGGGGGGUGACUGUGAGUGUUUCUGCACCGCCGUGGCCGCUUACGCCCAGGCCUGCCACGAGGUGGGCGUGUGCGUGUCCUGGAGGACCCCGGACAUCUGCCCUCUGUUCUGCGACUACUACAACCCCCAGGGCCAGUGUGAGUGGCACUACCAGCCCUGUGGGGCGCCCUGCAUGAAGACCUGCCAGAACCCGCAAGGGCAGUGCCUGCAUGAUAUCCACGGCCUCGAAGGCUGCUACCCCAAGUGCCCACCUGAGGCUCCCAUCUUCGAUGAGGACAAGAUGCAGUGUGUUCCCAAAUGCCCACCGUCACCCUGCCAGGUCCACGGGAAAUCGUACCAGCCGGGCACAGCCGUGCCCUCCGACAAGAACUGCCAGUCCUGCGUCUGCACCGAGAGCGGCGUGCAGUGCACCCAUGACGCCGAGGCCUGUGUCUGCACCUAUGACAAGCAGCACUUCCGUCGUGGGGACAUCAUCUACCACACAACAGAUGGCACCGGCGGGUGCAUCUCUGCCCGCUGCGGAGCCAACGGCACCAUCGAGAGGAAUGUCUCCGAUUGCAGCUCCACCACUCCCGUGCCCCCGACCACCUUCGCCUUCUCCACCAUCCUGCUCGGCACGAGCUGGACCCGCGCCCCCAGCAUUGGCCCUGGCCCCACCCAGAGCACAGCGCACCCGGGCCCUCCGUCCACUGUUCCCGCAGGCAUUUCCCCCAGGACGACACCUGCCUGGGUCUCUGCCUCAACCAGCUGUGGGGAAGAGUGCCAGUGGUCAGCGUGGCUGGAUGUCAGCCAUCCUGGACGGGGCAAACACAGCGGGGACUAUGAUACGCUGGAGAACCUCCGUGCACACGGAUAUUGGGUGUGCCAGGAACCAAGGGCAGUGGAGUGCCGUGCGGAGGACGCCCCUGAGGUGCCCCUUCAGGUCCUGGGGCAGCACGUGGAGUGUAGCCCGGCAGUGGGGCUGACCUGCCACAACGGAGACCAGGCGUCGGGACUGUGCCACAACUACCAGAUCAGGGUCUUCUGCUGCAACCCUCUGGCCUGCCACACCUCCAGCGGUGCAGCUCAGACCGCCCCUCCGACUACCUCCAGCACAACUGAAACUGGGGCCACAUCCACAGAACGACAGUCCACAGCCUCUCCAGCUCCUGUCACCACAACUGGCCCAGUCCCUCUAUCUACACCUAGUACAAGCUCUGCCCGAGUUCCCUCUACACCUGCCCCAACAAUCUCUACAUCUGCCAAAACAACUUUCUCAACCCCCAGCCCAACUCCAGUGCCAACAACCACUUCAACAGCAUUCCCUGUGUCUACCACAGCCACAGGGACCUCAGGGGCCCCAAGUACUUCAACAUCCCCUCAACCCAGCCGGAACUCCUGCUUCCAGGAGCUCUGCACUUGGACAGAGUGGAUCGACGGCAGCUACCCUGGGUCUGACAGAAACAGUGGAGACUUUGAUACUUUCAAACAUUUGAGAGCCGAGGGAUACAAAUUCUGUGAAAGGCCCACAAGUGUGCAGUGUAGGGCAGAGAGAUUCCCCAAUACCCCACUGUCGGAGCUGGGGCAGGUGGUGACCUGCAAUGCCAAGGUGGGGCUGAUCUGCCUGAAUAAGAACCAGCUACCGCCAAUCUGCCUCAACUACGAGAUCCGCAUCCAGUGCUGCCAGACGGUGGACGUGUGCACAGAGAAGCCUGAGACCACAGAGUCCACCACACUCAAAACAAACACCAAAAUGCAGGCCACCUCGGCCAAAGAAAGCCAGCCAACCUCCACAGAGCACACGCCUACCAGCUCAGCGACCGUGACGAGAGAAACAAGAGUCACAUCACACACAGGCAUGAUUUCCGAACGGACAACUAGAGGCUGCCAGCCGCAGUGCUCCUGGACUCGGUGGUUUGACGUGGACGUCCCCUCCUCAGGACCCGACAGUGGAGAUAAUGAAACCUACGGCAACAUCAUCAGGAGUGGAGAAAAAAUCUGUCACCGGCCCGAAGAAAUCUCGCGGCUGGAGUGCCGAGCGGAGACCCAACCCGAGGUGAGCAUCGACAAGCUGGGCCAGGUGGUGAAGUGUGACCGUGACGUGGGCUUGGUGUGCCGGAACCGCGACCAGCAAGGAUCUCCCAAGAUGUGCCUCAACUACGAGGUGCGCGUGCUGUGCUGCAAGACCCCUGAAGGCUGUCCUACCACAGGAUCUGUCACACUUCCCAGCACCCCAACUGAGACCAUCACCAGCCAAACUCAGGGAACCUCUUCUGUGCCGUCUGCCAGCAUGACCUCCACGAAAAUGUCCAGCACACCCUCUGCUCCUACAUCCAGCACAACAUCUCCUCCUACAACCAGGACAACCUCUCCUUCUACAACCAUCACAACCUCUGCUCCUACAAUCAGUACACCCUCUGCUCAAACAACCAGAACAACCUCUCCUUCUACAACCAGCACAUACUCAGCUCCUACACUCAGCACAUCCUCUGCUCCUACAACCAGAACAACCUCUCCUUCCACAACCAGCACAUCCUCUGCUCCUACAAUCAGUACACCUUAUGCUCAAACAACCAGAACAACCUCUCCUGCUACAACCAGCAAAACUUCUGCUCCUACACCCAGCACAACCUCUUCUUCUACAACCAGCACAUCCUCUACUCCUGUAACUACACAUAGCCCUGUCCCCAUCACCAGCACUACCUCUAUGUCUACGUCCAGCACCAGCAAUGUUCCUACACCUGAGACAACUCAAUACCCCUCCACGACCAGAGGCUGCCAGCCGCAGUGCUCCUGGACACGGUGGUUUGACGUGGACGUCCCCUCCUCUGGACCCGACAGUGGAGAUAAUGAAACCUACGGCAACAUCAUCAGGAGUGGAGAAAAAAUCUGUCACCGGCCCGAAGAAAUCUCGCGGCUGGAGUGCCGAGCGGAGACCCAACCCGAGGUGAGCAUCGACAAGCUGGGCCAGGUGGUGAAGUGUGACCGUGACGUGGGCUUAGUGUGCCGGAACCGCGACCAGCAAGGAUCUCCCAAGAUGUGCCUCAACUACGAGGUGCGAGUGCUGUGCUGCAAGACCCCUGAAGGCUGUCCUACCACAGGAUCUGUCACACUUCCCAGCACCCCAACUGAGACCAUCACCAGCCAAACUCAGGGAACCUCUUCUGUGCCGUCUGCCAGCAUGACCUCCACGAAAAUGUCCAGCACACCCUCUGCUCCUACAUCCAGCACAACAUCUCCUCCUACAACCAGGACAACCUCUCCUUCUACAACCAUCACAACCUCUGCUCCUACAAUCAGUACACCCUCUGCUCAAACAACCAGAACAACCUCUCCUUCUACAACCAGCACAUACUCAGCUCCUACAAUCAGCACACCCUCUGCUCAAACAACCAGAACAACCUCUCCUUCUACAACCAGCACAUCCUCUGCUCCUACACUCAGCACAUCCUCUGCUCCUACAACUAGAACAACCUCUCCUUCCACAACCAUCACAUCCUCUGCUCCUACAAUCAGUACACCUUAUGCUCAAACAACCAGAACAACCUCUCCUGCUACAACCAGCAAAACUUCUGCUCCUACACCCAGCACAACCUCUUCUUCUACAACCAGCACAUCCUCUACUCCUGUAACUACACAUAGCCCUGUCCCCAUCACCAGCACUACCUCUAUGUCUACGUCCAGCACCAGCCAUGUUCCUACACCUGAGACAACUCAAUCCCCCUCCACGACCAGAGGCUGCCAGCCGCAGUGCUCCUGGACACGGUGGUUUGACGUGGACGUCCCCUCCUCUGGACCCGACAGUGGAGAUAAUGAAACCUACGGCAACAUCAUCAGGAGUGGAGAAAAAAUCUGUCACCGGCCCGAAGAAAUCUCGCGGCUGGAGUGCCGAGCGGAGACCCAACCCGAGGUGAGCAUCGACAAGCUGGGCCAGGUGGUGAAGUGUGACCGUGACGUGGGCUUAGUGUGCCGGAACCGCGACCAGCAAGGAUCUCCCAAGAUGUGCCUCAACUACGAGGUGCGCGUGCUGUGCUGCAAGACCCCUGAAGGCUGUCCUACCACAGGAUCUGUCACACUUCCCAGCACCCCAACUGAGACCAUCACCAGCCAAACUCAGGGAACCUCUUCUGUGCCGUCUGCCAGCAUGACCUCCACGAAAAUGUCCAGCACACCCUCUGCUCCUACAUCCAGCACAACAUCUCCUCCUACAACCAGGUCAACCUCUCCUUCUACAACCAUCACAACCUCUGCUCCUACAAUCAGCACACCCUCUGCUCAAACAACCAGAACAACCUCUCCUUCUACAACCAGCACAUCCUCUGCUCCUACAGUCAGCACACCCUCUGCUCCUACAACCAGAACAACCUCUCCUUCCACAACCAGCACAUUCUCUGCUCCUACAAUCAGUACACCUUAUGCUCAAACAACCAGAACAACCUCUCCUGCUACAACCAGCAAAACUUCUGCUCCUACACCCAGCACAACCUCUUCUUCUACAACCAGCACAUCCUCUACUCCUGUAACUACACAUAGCCCUUUCCCCAUCACCAGCAUUACCUCUAUGUCUACGUCCAGCACCAGCAAUGUUCCUACACCUGAGACAACUCAAUACCCCUCCACGACCAGAGGCUGCCAGCCGCAGUGCUCCUGGACACGGUGGUUUGACGUGGACGUCCCCUCCUCUGGACCCGACAGUGGAGAUAAUGAAACCUACGGCAACAUCAUCAGGAGUGGAGAAAAAAUCUGUCACCGGCCCGAAGAAAUCUCGCGGCUGGAGUGCCGAGCGGAGACCCAACCCGAGGUGAGCAUCGACAAGCUGGGCCAGGUGGUGAAGUGUGACCGUGACGUGGGCUUAGUGUGCCGGAACCGCGACCAGCAAGGAUCUCCCAAGAUGUGCCUCAACUACGAGGUGCGUGUGCUGUGCUGCAAGACCCCUGAAGGCUGUCCUACCACAGGAUCUGUCACACUUCCCAGCACCCCAACUGAGACCAUCACCAGCCAAACUCAGGGAACCUCUUCUGUGCCGUCUGCCAGCAUGACCUCCACGAAAAUGUCCAGCACACCCUCUGCUCCUACAUCCAGCACAACAUCUCCUCCUACAACCAGGACAACCUCUCCUUCUACAACCAUCACAACCUCUGCUCCUACAAUCAGUACACCCUCUGCUCCCACAACCAGAACAACCUCUCCUUCCACAACCAGCACAUUCUCUGCUCCUACAAUCAGUACACCUUAUGCUCAAACAACCAGAACAACCUCUCCUGCUACAACCAGCAAAACUUCUGCUCCUACACCCAGCACAACCUCUUCUUCUACAACCAGCACAUCCUCUACUCCUGUAACUACACAUAGCCCUGUCCCCAUCACCAGCACUACCUCUAUGUCUACGUCCAGCACCAGCAAUGUUCCUACACCUGAGACAACUCAAUCCCCCUCCACGACCAGAGGCUGCCAGCCGCAGUGCUCCUGGACACGGUGGUUUGACGUGGACGUCCCCUCCUCUGGACCCGACAGUGGAGAUAAUGAAACCUACGGCAACAUCAUCAGGAGUGGAGAAAAAAUCUGUCACCGGCCCGAAGAAAUCUCGCGGCUGGAGUGCCGAGCGGAGACCCAACCCGAGGUGAGCAUCGACAAGCUGGGCCAGGUGGUGAAGUGUGACCGUGACGUGGGCUUAGUGUGCCGGAACCGCGACCAGCAAGGAUCUCCCAAGAUGUGCCUCAACUACGAGGUGCGCGUGCUGUGCUGCAAGACCCCUGAAGGCUGUCCUACCACAGGAUCUGUCACACUUCCCAGCACCCCAACUGAGACCAUCACCAGCCAAACUCAGGGAACCUCUUCUGUGCCGUCUGCCAGCAUGACCUCCACGAAAAUGUCCAGCACACCCUCUGCUCCUACAUCCAGCACAACAUCUCCUCCUACAACCAGGACAACCUCUCCUUCUACAACCAUCAAAACCUCUGCUCCUACAAUCAGUACACCCUCUGCUCCUACAACCAGAACAACCUCUCCUUCCACAACCAGCACAUUCUCUGCUCCUACAAUCAGCACACCCUCUGCUCAAACAACCAGAACAACCUCUCCUUCUACAACCAGCACAUCCUCUGCUCCUACAGUCAGCACACCCUCUGCUCCUACAACCAGAACAACCUCUCCUUCCACAACCAGCACAUUCUCUGCUCCUACAAUCAGUACACCUUAUGCUCAAACAACCAGAACAACCUCUCCUUCUACAACCAGCACAUCCUCUGCUCCUACACUCAGCACAUCCUCUGCUCAAACAACCAGAACAACCUCUCCUGCUACAACCAGCAAAACUUCUGCUCCUACACCCAGCACAACCUCUUCUUCUACAACCAGCACAUCCUCUACUCCUGUAACUACACAUAGCCCUGUCCCCAUCACCAGCACUACCUCUAUGUCUACGUCCAGCACCAGCAAUGUUCCUACACCUGAGACAACUCAAUCCCCCUCCAUGACCAGAGGCUGCCAGCCGCAGUGCUCCUGGACACGGUGGUUUGACGUGGACGUCCCCUCCUCUGGACCCGACAGUGGAGAUAAUGAAACCUACGGCAACAUCAUCAGGAGUGGAGAAAAAAUCUGUCACCGGCCCGAAGAAAUCUCGCGGCUGGAGUGCCGAGCGGAGACCCAACCCGAGGUGAGCAUCGACAAGCUGGGCCAGGUGGUGAAGUGUGACCGUGACGUGGGCUUAGUGUGCCGGAACCGCGACCAGCAAGGAUCUCCCAAGAUGUGCCUCAACUACGAGGUGCGCGUGCUGUGCUGCAAGACCCCUGAAGGCUGUCCUACCACAGGAUCUGUCACACUUCCCAGCACCCCAACUGAGACCAUCACCAGCCAAACUCAGGGAACCUCUUCUGUGCCGUCUGCCAGCAUGACCUCCACGAAAAUGUCCAGCACACCCUCUGCUCCUACAUCCAGCACAACAUCUCCUCCUACAACCAGGUCAACCUCUCCUUCUACAACCAUCACAACCUCUGCUCCUACAAUCAGCACACCCUCUGCUCAAACAACCAGAACAACCUCUCCUUCUACAACCAGCACAUCCUCUGCUCCUACAGUCAGCACACCCUCUGCUCCUACAACCAGAACAACCUCUCCUUCCACAACCAGCACAUUCUCUGCUCCUACAAUCAGUACACCUUAUGCUCAAACAACCAGAACAACCUCUCCUGCUACAACCAGCACAUCCUCUGCUCCUACACUCAGCACAUCCUCUGCUCAAACAACCAGAACAACCUCUCCUGCUACAACCAGCAAAACUUCUGCUCCUACACCCAGCACAACCUCUUCUUCUACAACCAUUACAACCUCUGCUCCUACAGUCAGCACACCCUCUGCUCAAACAACCAGAACAACCUCUCCUUCUACAACCAGCACAUCCUCUGCUCCUACACUCAGCACAUCCUCUGCUCCUACAACCAGAUCAACCUCUCCUUCCACAACCAGCACAUCCUCUGCUCCUACAAUCAGUACACCUUAUGCUCAAACAACCAGAACAACCUCUCCUGCUACAACCAGCAAAACUUCUGCUCCUACACCCAGCACAACCUCUUCUUCUACAACCAGCACAUCCUCUACUCCUGUAACUACACAUAGCCCUGUCCCCAUCACCAGCACUACCUCUAUGUCUACGUCCAGCACCAGCAAUGUUCCUACACCUGAGACAACUCAAUCCCCCUCCACGACCAGAGGCUGCCAGCCGCAGUGCUCCUGGACACGGUGGUUUGACGUGGACGUCCCCUCCUCUGGACCCGACAGUGGAGAUAAUGAAACCUACGGCAACAUCAUCAGGAGUGGAGAAAAAAUCUGUCACCAGCCCAAAGAAAUCUCGCGGCUGGAGUGCCGAGCGGAGACCCAACCCGAGGUGAGCAUCGACAAGCUGGGCCAGGUGGUGAAGUGUGACCGUGACGUGGGCUUAGUGUGCCGGAACCGCGACCAGCAAGGAUCUCCCAAGAUGUGCCUCAACUACGAGGUGCGCGUGCUGUGCUGCAAGACCCCUGAAGGCUGUCCUACCACAGGAUCUGUCACACUUCCCAGCACCCCAACUGAGACCAUCACCAGCCAAACUCAGGGAACCUCUUCUGUGCCGUCUGCCAGCAUGACCUCCACGAAAAUGUCUAGCACACCCUCUGCUCCUACAUCCAGCACAACAUCUCCUCCUACAACCAGGUCAACCUCUCCUUCUACAACCAUCACAACCUCUGCUCCUACAAUCAGUACACCCUCUGCUCAAACAACCAGAACAACCUCUCCUUCUACAACCAGCACAUACUCUGCUCCUACAGUCAGCACACCCUCUGCUCAAACAACCAGAACAACCUCUCCUUCUACAACCAGCACAUCCUCUGCUCCUACACUCAGCACAUCCUCUGCUCCUACAACCAGAACAACCUCUCCUUCCACAACCAGCACAUUCUCUGCUCCUACAAUCAGUACACCUUAUGCUCAAACAACCAGAACAACCUCUCCUGCUACAACCAGCAAAACUUCUGCUCCUACACCCAGCACAACCUCUUCUUCUACAACCAGCACAUCCUCUACUCCUGUAACUACACAUAGCCCUGUCCCCAUCACCAGCACUACCUCUAUGUCUACGUCCAGCACCAGCCAUGUUCCUACACCUGAGACAACUCAAUACCCCUCCACGACCAGAGGCUGCCAGCCGCAGUGCUCCUGGACACGGUGGUUUGACGUGGACGUCCCCUCCUCAGGACCUGACAGUGGAGAUAAUGAAACCUACGGCAACAUCAUCAGGAGUGGAGAAAAAAUCUGUCACCGGCCCGAAGAAAUCUCGCGGCUGGAGUGCCGAGCGGAGACCCAACCCGAGGUGAGCAUCGACAAGCUGGGCCAGGUGGUGAAGUGUGACCGUGACGUGGGCUUGGUGUGCCGGAACCGCGACCAGCAAGGAUCUCCCAAGAUGUGCCUCAACUACGAGGUGCGCGUGCUGUGCUGCAAGACCCCUGAAGGCUGCCCCCUCUCCUCCAUGAUCCCCUACGUGACUUCACCCACCAAGACCUCAUUUCUGGCACCGUCCUCUUCUGUCCCAUGGUGGCCCAGCUCUACGGCUUCCACUCAUCGAAUCUGCUUCUGCAAUGUUUCUGGCCAGCUCUACCCCGCGGGAUUUGUCAUUUACCGCCAGACAGACCUCACUGGCCACUGCUAUUAUGCCCUGUGCAACCAGGACUGCCAAGUGAUCAGAAGGGUGGACCAGGACUGUCCCUCCACCACGCCGCCCCCCACUCCAGCCACAACCUCUGUGGAGACCUCCACCUCUGCUCCUGUCACUGCAGGGGGUUGCCCAAAUACAAUUCCCCCGAGAAAGAGAGGCGAUACCUGGGACAUGCCCAACUGCUCUCAGGCCACCUGCGAAGGCAACAACACCAUCACCGUGAGACCCCGCAAGUGCCCCCAGGUGAAGAAACCCACUUGCGCCAACGGCUACCCGGCUGUGAAGGUGUCCAGCCAGGACGGCUGCUGCCAGGACUACCAUUGCCAGUGUGUGUGCAGUGGCUGGGGUGACCCCCACUACAUCACCUUCGACGGCACCUACUACACGUUCCUGGACAACUGCACCUACGUGCUGGUGCAGCAGAUCGUGCCCGUGUACGGCCACUUCCGUGUGCUCGUCGAUAACUACUUCUGCGACGCCGAGGACGGGCUCUCCUGCCCCCAGUCCAUCAUCGUGGAGUACCAGCAGGACCGGGUGGUGCUGACCCGCAGGCCAGUGAACGGGGUGAUGACCAACCAGAUCAUCUUCAACAAGAAGGUGGUGAGCCCUGGCUUCCAGAAGAACGGCAUCGACGUCUCUCGCAUUGGCAUCAAGAUGUACGUGACGAUCCCGCACAUCGGCGUCCAGGUCAUGUUCACCGGCCUCAUCUUCUCGGUGGAGGUGCCUUUCAGCAAGUUUACCAACAACACCGAGGGGCAGUGCGGCACCUGCACCAACAACAAGAAGGACGAAUGCCGCCUGCCCGGGGGCAUGGUGGCCACUUCCUGUUCCAAGAUGGCCAGCCACUGGAGGGUGCCCAACCCUGACCAGCCAUAUUGCCUCGGGACUUCCCCCACGCCCACCACCACUGGGCCCACCCCGGUUGAGCCCACAACCACACCUACCACGUGCCCGGCAGCACCGAUCUGCCAGCUGAUCCUGAGCAAGGUCUUCGAACCGUGCCACGCGGUGAUCCCCCCGCAGCCGUUCUAUGAAGGCUGUGUCUUUGACCACUGCCACAUGAACGACUCAGCGGUGGUGUGCUCCAGCCUGGAGCUGUACGCCUCGCUCUGCACGUCCUACGGCGUGUGCAUCGACUGGAGGGACCACACCAACCGCACAUGCUUGUUCACCUGCCCUGCCGACAAGGUGUACCAGGCCUGUGGCCCAUCCAGCACCUCGUACUGCUAUGGAAAUGACAGCACCAGCCUCCUGGUUCUUCACGAGGCUGGCAACCUCACAGAAGGCUGCUUCUGUCCUGACGGCGAGACCCUUUUCAGCACCAGUAUCAACGUCUGCGUGCCCCAGGACUGCAGCUGGUGCCUGGGGCCCCACGGAAAGCUGGUGGAGCCAGGCCACUCCAUCAACGACGGCUGCCAGGAGUGCACCUGCGAGGGGGGCUCUCAGACCACAGCCUGCCGCAGAAAGCCCUGCCCGCUGCCCCCCACCUGCCCCCUGCCCGGCUUUGUGGCAGUGCGUGCAGCCCUGCUGACCAACCAGUGCUGUCCCCAGUACAGCUGCGCCUGCAACGUCAGCUACUGCCCCAAGCCUGCGGACUGUCCUGAGGGUUCCCACCAGGUGCUGACAUAUGAGGAGGGGACCUGCUGCCCAGUCCAAUACUGCAACUGGACGGCCUGCAGUGUCAAUGGGACUCUGUACCAGCCUGGCGCUGUGGUCUCCUCCAGCCUGUGCGAGACCUGCAGGUGUGAGGUGCCCGGUGGCGCCCCGUUGGAUGCGUUCACGAUCAGCUGUGAGACCCAGAUCUGCAACACCCACUGCCCGCUGGGCUUCAAGUACCAGGUGCAGCACGAGCAGUGCUGCGGGGCCUGUGUGCAGGUAGCCUGCGUUGUGAAUGCCAGCGGCGACCCCACGCACCUCUUCUAUCCUGGUGAGACCUGGUCAGACCCUGGGGAGAGCUGCGUGACCUACGAGUGUGAGAAGGAGCAGGACGGGCUCGUGGUGGUGACCACGAAGAAGGCGUGUCCUGCCCUCAGCUGCCCUAGGGACCAGGCCACACUGAGCGAGGACGGCUGCUGCCUCUCCUGCCCCACGCCCCUGCCCGGUAAGUGGGCAUGGUCUACCUGUGCCGUGUACUACAAGCAGCAGAUCUUCCAGCAGGGGAGCUGCAGCUCCGCCCAGCCCAUGCGUCUCGCCUACUGCCAGGGCAACUGCGGGGACACCUCCUCGAUAUACUCCCUGGAAGCUAACACGCUGCAGCACAAGUGCCGGUGCUGCCAGGAGCUGCGGACCUCGCUGAGGAACGUGACCCUGCAUUGUGCCGACGGUUCCAGCAAGGCCUUCAGCUACACCGAGGUGGAGGAGUGUGGCUGCCUGGGCCUGCAGUGCCACUCAGAGGAGCCAGAGCUUGAGCAGAGCAAAGAAGGACAGAGCUAG